CAUCACAGACUAAAAGGAACGCGUGAGAGUUCCCAGUAUUUCCUAGUUUAUUCCAAUUUCACUGAAAUCUUCGUUUAUGGUAGCAGUAUCAUCUGCCGAGAGAAAGCAGGCAUGUAAUUAAUCACACGUAACUUCAAUAUCUGAAAGCAACUGACUUUGAAUGAAAACGAAAGUCUCUACUCGAAGAAAGUAAGUUUUGCUUCCGUGGUCUUAUCGAAAAUUGAUUUGAAAACUUUAUGUUAUGUUACACAUGAAUUUUAUUAAGAUCGAAUUUAAAGCUGGAAACUUGACUAGUUUGAUUAAAUUUAGUAUGAAGUUCCGCUGCAAAAAUUAGAUCACAUCUACCGUUUUCAUUAACAGCCAUAUUUUAAGUAAAUGAUUAUUUUGAUUAUGAUGCAAUAAUUAUCCCGUAAAUACUGAAUGAAUAUAAAAACGAAGAAAUUGUGAUAAUAUAAUUCUAUAUAUUUCUUUUUGAUUUAUAGCUCUUAAUAUUCAACCAAAUACGUAAAUACAAAUUUCAUAAAUUUCUAUAACUGCAUAUAUAUAUAUAUAUAUAUAUUUAUUACAAUACAGAUUUAUAUAUUUAUAUCAAGCUAAUUACAAGCAUUCCUGGAAAAAAAGGUCAUGUUAUAUUUGAACAUAAAUCGUGUCGAAACAGUUUAAUCUUGUAUUGAAGUUUAUGCUGUGAUUGCAGUUAAAUUUUUGUGAGCAUACUGUUCAAAACUGCUCACACAGCUUACUAAGAUUCCAAAUGGCUGGCAGAGUUACAGGAAUUUUGCUUAAUUAUGAGAGAAAUUAGCGUCAAAAGCAAGGCAUUUACAUCUGUCGGAUGAUAGAUUGUAUGAUCAAUAACUUUAUAACAGUGAAUGAAUUUUAUAUCUGUAACUUUCUAGAAUUUAACGACAACUUUCUAGAGCUCACAAUAUAGAGUAAGACGAUUAAAUGUCUUCGUACAAUGGUGUUUUGAUGCCGCUGCCUUCUUCACGAUAUUCUUCGUAUAUACCAUCGUCUACGAAGUACUCGGGAAGUUCAUCAUAUAGCACUCUAUCAAGCAGUUCAAGCUACAGAUACAAGCCUCCUCUGUAUAGUUCAACCUUAUCGUCAAAAUACCGAUCGCCAAGAACAUACACAACUUACUCAUCUUCAAGUCCUUCUACUAUCAGUCGGAAUCUAUCUUCCUCUUACCUAAAUACUUAUAUUCCAAGAGUCUCCUCGAGUAGCUAUACAAGUGGAAUUUUGGAUUCAAAGGAUUCUAAGUGGAGUUCUGCAGCUGACACUGAAACUAAGCCGUCCUGGAGAAAUACACCUGUGUCACUCUCAAGACGCAGUUCCUCAGCAUCUUUGGACCGUUUUUCUCAUUCACCUGAAAGAAGCCCUAAAUCUUUGCAGACGUAUACAUCUCUUCUAGACAAUACUCAAACGUGUAAAAGAAGUUCUUGGUCGCAAGCCAUAUCUGAUGAAGAAGAUAAACCUGGAGUGGGAGUUGGCUUCGUCAAUCUCGGGAACACUUGCUUUAUGAACGCAGUUUUGCAGUGCCUGUGUCAUACACAACCUCUUGUAGACUACUGUGUCAGAGGAUCUUACCUAUCUGAUAUAAACCACAGAAGUCCAACCCGCGGUGAUUUGAUGAGAGUUUUCGCCGAUGUUGUGAAGAAAGUAUCUGAAUCUAAAACUAAAAAUGCAAUUAAUCCAUAUCAACUUAAAUCGGAGGUGCAGCGAUAUGCUCCUCGAUUUUCAGGAAACAGUCAACAAGAUGCUCAGGAGUUUUUGAGGUACCUUCUUCAAGGUCUUCAUGACGACAUCAAUCGUGUCAAAGUCAGUUCCAACAUGACGAUACGAAGAGAUUCUGGUUCGGGUGAUUCCUUCAGAACGUGGAGGAAAUACCGAGAAAUUGACGAUAGCUUAAUUGUCGAUUUAUUUGCGGGUCAGCUGAAGAGUACCCUGAAAUGCACUAUCUGCAAUAAUGACUCAGUUACUCAUGAUCCAUUCUGGGACAUCUCUGUACCGAUUCCAGAGGGCGGGCGAACAGUGUCUCUGAGGCAGUGCUUCAAUCUUUUCUCGGCAAAUGAAUAUUUGGAUGGAGCAAAUAAGCCGUAUUGUGAAGUCUGUAAGAAGAAAAGUAGAUCUAGUAAGAAAAUGGAAGUCAGCAAAUUCCCUAAAGUCUUGGUCAUUCAUUUGAAGAGGUUUUCAGCAACAUGCUAUGGACAAAAGAGGAACGUGAUGGUUGACUGUCCACUUUUCUUAGGAAAUAUUUCCGAACUUGCAGCUCAGAACUGCACAGGUGAUGGUUCUUAUGUUUUAUAUGGUGUGGUUGAUCACGAUGGCUCAAAUAAUUCAGGACACUAUACAGCAAAAUGCCGAAACCCAUCCACGAAAGAAUGGUACGAAUUUAAUGAUACCAGGGUUACAAAGGCGACGGACAUUAUUUCACACAAGGCCUACAUUCUCUUUUAUAUUCAAGAAGGAAGCUGUCGACUUUGAAAAUAGUAACUUAUUAUACCUUAAAAUUGCUCCCUACAAAAUUGGGAAGCAAAUUUCGAGUGAGAAGUGUUAUUGUAAGGCACAAGGAAUGGAUGUCUUGAACUAUCCGUGUAGAUGUUGAAAAUGUGGUAAUAAAAGUAUUCUCUUCUCUGUUUCAAUUUUAGUAUCUAGUAUUAUGGAAACUGGAAUUGAAGCAGAUAAUAUCAGAAAUAAAACUCUAUAUUUUGAAAAGUAA